AUGUUUCGCCUGCUACCCUGGCCCUCUGCGAUCGGAGGGAACAAGAUAAUGGGAGAUGAUGUUAAGAUGCUGGCGCCCAACUGCGCCGGCGUGAAUACCUUAUCACUGCCCAAGUUGAAGCGCAAACGUUCCGAUUCCUCCCCGUCAGAUGCUCCCGCGACGACAAAACUUCGCGUCGAUGCAGUCUUCGCUCCAUCCUCCGAAUUAACCCCGUCGCCUUCGGUGACACGUUCAGACGACUCGGUCGCUUCCCCGGUCGCGUAUCCCCCGGCGCAGGCCGCCGGUCGGACAAUGGAUGUAGAUCGCUUGCGUGAUACCAUCACCGCGCAGUUGAGUCUGGAAGUAUUGCUGAAGCAUAACGAACUGCGUUUGAUCGACCAAGAAAUCGCCAAAUGUCAAGUCUCCCUGGAACAGUUGCGACGAUGCGCAGAGAUCCCUUACCCGGGAUCCAGUGUCACUGGUCCUUCCGCCGAUGUCAGCUCUGGUACGGGCGCGUCAGUCUGGGUGCCUGGAAAUGGCCCAGCACCGAUGUCCCCGGCGCCAUGGGGUGUCACCGAAGGUCCUUAUUCACGUCACUACUCGCGAUGGUUAUUGCCAGACCCGAGGUUUGAUGGCGGUGAGGUGGAGUCGGGACUUGCGACCGGCGCAAGUGGUUAUCAGAUGGCCGAGGGACGUUCAACUCGUGGAAACCCGAUGGACUUCAGCGCGCUGGCUGGUAAGACACGACCUUCGCGUGGGUUGAAUGGGUCAAGACUUCAAUCUCUGCCGACCGGAUAUCCGAUCGUCAAGGAGAAGGCCGGUCCCAUGCUCAUUCGACGCAAGUCAGAUCAGGUUCUGGUCAAGCUUGUCUGUUUGGAUUGUCGUCGUGACAACUUCUCAAGCACACAAGGUUUCAUCAACCACUGUCGAAUUGCACACAAUCGAAACUUUGCUAGUCACGACGCUGCUGCGAUGGCUUCUGGUGAGCCUGUCGAGGUGGAUGAGUCUGGCGCCGUGAUUGGCGGCCGGUCAGAACCCACCACGACUACUCCCAGCACCGUGUCGACACCAGGUCAUGUUCACCCGCUUAUUCGUUCUACUCAAAUCCCAACGACCUCGAGUCUGCCGACUCCCAGAAAGGAGUCUGUAACGCCUCGGAAGCCUUCGGAGGUCAACCCGACUAUAGCCGCAGCUGCCGUCGCGACUCCUCCAGCCACUGUUAAGCGGGAGCCUGUCAAGGCAGCCAAUCCCUCAUUCAUGCCCUCGCCAGCAACUCCUCAUCUCUCUGCUUUGAUGAGGAAGCGUGGUCUGGGUCUGAACAUGAACAAACUGGUCGAAGAGGCUAGGGCUCCUGUUGACUUAAGUGAUUUCUCUGAUGGUGAAUCGGACGUGGACGAGUCAGCUCGUUCUUCCACCAAGGUAUCUCAGGACUCAACAGCCCAGCAAGGUCCUCAAGCAGCUCGUCAGCCCAUGCGCAUGCCUACUACUCAGGCUGCGUCUGAGCGAACCGAGAGCCGAAAGGCCCUCCAGCUGCCCGAGGAGAUGACUCCCACUCGGCCUCAGGCACACCAACAGCCGUCUUUGUUUCACAAUCUCUCAUCGUUACAUGGUCCAAAUCAGACAUCUCCCAUGGAUACAUCUCGUGAUACAGUAGAUCAUCCGGCUAAUCUCAGCCCCAACACGAUAGAGUCUAACCAGGCUCCCAGUCUGGUCAGCGAUGACGAGGAUGACUACGAAGCUGCCUCGGACUCGGACAGUCCCGACUCUGACCACGAGGAAGAGUUCCGACACAUCGAAGUCCAAGAUGAUGAACGCACCACUGCCCCCUCUGCCCCGACAACAGAGUCCAAGCCUGGUCCCUCUUUGAAAACCUCAUUGCCACCGACCGCUGCCCCACUCUCCAAGCCUAUGAAGCAGAGUCGGCCCAACCACCUCCCCACAAUGCCCUCAUUCAAUGACCGUGGUCGCGACGAUCAACAAUUCAACCCGAUGCUUGAUCGUCUCCAAAAGCAAGGCCAGGUGAACUUCAUGCGACCCGACUUCAACCAAAACUCUCAUCCUCAAAACGAAGAUCCAUCCAAAAACACCCGGGACAACAACCGCAACCAGUCACCGCCAAAGAAAUAA